CUGUAAAUUGAGCAGCCAAGGCCCAACCGUUUUGCUAUCUUCCGUCGUCCCUUCCCGGUACGUCCUUGGUGGAAAAGGAAGGAGCGCAGCGACCCCAGUGACAAUCCCGAGGCGAGUUUGCAGGUUUGCCCCUGAUGGUUCGAGGCUUGGUGCGCUGUCGUGUGGCCCCCCUGUAUAAUAAGAAGGGCGUGAGCCUUUUCAGUUGUCUGAGCACUCCCAGUCCAGACUUGACAUUGACCUAUCCGCAUCUGCAUCCGCGCCUGCAACAGACACAGACGCAGACCCUGACAUUAUUCAAGUUGCUUGUUGGCCAGUCUUACCACUCGCCCUCGCUCUCACUCUUACCGCAUCCGCCUCCACCUCCCCCCUCGUCGCCCAAACCCAACGUGACCCAGGCCCGGACCCAGACUGGGGCCCAUCUGCAUAUCCACUCUGCUGCGAGCCGUCGUCGACCCAAGGGUUUCCAGUUCGAGGCCCACCUGCACUCGUCCCUGCGCCUGCGCCCUCGAAUUGCCCAUCUCUCGACCUGGUCUCCUUGCCUCGCCGCAGCCCACGCACCAGCAUCAGCAUCCGCACCCGCAUCUGCACCCGCAGCCGCACGCACGCCUACGCCUAUGCCCACGCCCACAUCUGUCCUCACACUUGCAUCUGCAUCCGCUUCCGCUUCCGCUUCCGCUUCGCUGUUCACGCCCCGUCUAGUUGCCCGCAGUGUCCGUAGCUUCUCCCAGUCAGCUAAACUCAAAAUGACGGCGUCUUCGGUAUUGCCCAGUCGCAAGCACAAGGUGGUGGUGAUUGGCUCGGGCAAUUGGGGCACCACCGUCGCCAAGCUUGUGGCCGAGAACACGCGGGAGCACCCGGAUCUCUUUGAGGAAAAUGUGCAGAUGUGGGUGUACGAGGAGAAGGUGACGCUGCCCAAGGUCUCGCCACACUACGACGCCUCGGCUGGCGACGAGCCGCAGAAGCUCACGGCCAUCAUCAACAAGUGCCACGAGAACGUCAAGUACCUGCCCAAGAUCGCCCUGCCCAGCAACAUCGUCGCGAACCCCUCCCUCCCGGACACGGUUAAGGACGCGUCCAUUCUCAUUUUCAACCUGCCCCAUGAGUUCAUCGGCAACAUCUGCCGCCAGAUCAAGGACCACAUCCUGCCCUACGCCCGGGGCAUCAGCUGCAUCAAGGGCGUGACGGUGACAGACGACAACAUCGAGCUCAUCUGCGAGUACAUCAGCGAGUCUCUGGGCAUCUACUGCGGUGCCCUGAGCGGCGCCAACAUUGCCACCGAGAUUGCCAACGAGGAGUGGUGCGAGACCACCAUCGCCUACAACACGCCCGCCGGCGACGUGCACCACGCGGGCAACGCCGUGGCCAACGGCAGCAGCAGUGGCGCCGCUGCCCUGACUGAGUACAAGGACGCACGCGGCCGCACCAGCAAGAACAAGCUCACGCCGGUACCCGGCGAUUAUCCGUCGCUGGACCACCAUCUGCUGCAGAGCCUCUUCCACCGGCCCUACUUCACCGUGUCCAUGGUCUCGGACGUCGUGGGGGUGUCGCUCGGCGGCGCGCUCAAGAACAUUGUGGCGCUGGCCUGCGGCUUCGUCGAGGGCCACGGGUGGAACAUGACGGCCAAGACGGCCGUCAUGCGCCGUGGCAUGCUGGAGAUGAUUGCCUUUGGCCGCGAGUUCUUCCCCGAGACGAUCGAGGAGAAGACGUUCUGGGAGGAGAGCGCGGGCUGGGGCGACAUGAUUGUGAGCUGCACGUCUGCGCGCAACUGGCGCUACUCCAAGAUGGCAGUCGAGCGCGGCGUGUCGCUCGAGGAGAUUGAGAAGACGGAGCUGAACGGCCAGAAGCUGCAAGGCAUCUCGACCACGCGGGAAGUCUGCGGCUUCCUGCGGGCGAAGGGCGUCGAGAGCAAGUACCCCCUGUUCAUGGUUGUCGACCGCAUCCUGGACGGAACGGUUAAUGUGGAGGAUAUUCCCGAGCUGUUGAGGAAGUAAGCAAGGAAAACAGAAGGGCUGCGGUACGGGGUAUUCCAUCUACAUCUGGCGAGGCACGGCGAGGCGCAUCACGGGGCCCAUUUACAGGAUAUCAAUGAUGGUAGUCAAAGGGGAGAGAGAGGGGGGGAAAGACAUAUUGUCCCACACGGGGCCGGCCUAGACGCGAACAGUAGACGCACGACCUGGUCAAUAAUGAA